CAAUCAUGGCCGACCUCGGCUGGAUUUUGAUCCAGUUCUGCAUCAUUUUCUUCAGAUUUCCAAGAUCGAAGACAGUCAGGCCGGUGAUUUUUGUGGUGAUCGCUUUGACACUACCGAAUGCAGCUCUGGGCAGCAGGGCGGCGUAUGUCGAGGUCUCUUCGAGCGGCAAUUCGGCGGGAAAAGAUGGGGACACCGCAGAUCCAGUCCAGGUCAAGGGGGAAUUCGCCGGCAUCGGAGCUGUCAAAAACGCGGAGGGAGACUUACACCUGGUUCCUCCCUGUGAUGAUGGAGAAGAGGAUGACCUGAUGAUGACCUGGGGGCGUGGCUGGAUAGGAACUCUCCAUGUGGAGGAGAACCUGACUGAUCAGUGUGGGGGAGGGGCUACAUUAGUCGACAGGGUGAAGAAAGCCAUGUUGCUGGGUGCCUCCGCAAUCCUUAUCCUGGCUUUCAACCCGCAACUAGUGAAAGAGCUGGACAUUUCCCAGUUGUUCACCCAUCCUGUAGUCAUACUUAAAGGUGCAGAAAACAUCACCAAAGUACUGACUGCUCUUACAGGUGGAGGAAGCAAAGUCAGAGCAAAGGUGGUCCAUGAGAAAGCCUUCCAUGAAGCCAUGGGUUGGACAGCAGUAGACAGCUGGGAUAGCUGUACCCUGGUGUUCCCUAAGGACUGGCAGGACAGGGACUGGUGGGACACAGCGCCUGAUGUGGUCUGUAAGGAAGGAACCAAGAGACUUUGGCAGACGUACUUCACGCAGGCGUGGAAUAUGGUUCUAAUCUUUGUGACGACGCUGAGCGUACUGCUGAUGUUACAGGUCCGCUGGCGGACACAGGACGACUCCUACACCACGGAACAGGUGGAGACAGCCCUGCAGAGACUGGCCUCCGAUGCCCUGUCCAGAAUGCGGGUAAAAAGAUACAAACACUUUCACAGAAGGAGACAUGACGGAGAGAAGGAGAAAGAUGCUUGUGCUGUCUGUCUGGACCACUUUUACCCAGGACAGGCUGUGAGAGUUCUACCCUGUUUCCAUGAGUUCCAUCGGAAGUGUGUAGAUUCCUGGCUCAUUAAAAAGCGGACCUGUCCUUUGUGUACCUUUAAUAUAUUAGAUAAGCAAGAAGGCUCCUGCCUACUGGACAACUGAUACCAUUUCAUCUCAGGAAUUUCAACGAUGUUUCUUUAUUUUUUCAAUUCGAUACCGUCCAGUACGGAUAGUCCUAAUGUGGCACAUUGCCAGUUUUUAUGAAGAAGGAUCUUUAAACUGCUAUUGCCCAUGUCUAGUGCUGUGUACCUAAACCCACAUUUUUAUUUAGGUUCAGGUCCGGAUUCAAGUCCAGAGGUUUAGGUUCAGUUCCAGAUUCGUAAGUCCUGACCUAAACCCAUGACAUUAAACUGGAAGUCCGGAAUUAAACUGGAGGCUGUUUGAAAAUGAUGACAUUUAGAUGUGAUUCUGAACUUGUGAGCAGGUCCCUUCCUUUUCAUCUGGGGAACACAGUCAAAUUUAUUACCUCAUUUUCAUCCAUAAAUUGAAAGUUUUGCCAAAAAUUUACAAUGUUAUUUAACAUUGUAUAGAUCUAAAGUAACAAGUUAAGAAAUGUAUUUAUUGUGGUACUAAUUUUAUCACUGGCAAUAAUAUACAUAUUAUUAUGUAGAUAUGUAUUCCAGAUUUUUAAAGUAUAUCCCUGCCAUGUAGCGUUGCAAACAGUAACAUAAAAGCAUGUUUGAUCAUGGCAAUGAGGAAAGUAGUAUUUAGACUUGUGCUAGUACAAAAGUGUACCUAUAUGUCAUCUUUGCAGUUGCUGCAAUGUAGAUGAUUAAAAACUUCAAGUUUUUGUGAAGAUAUUUCUUUUUUGUUAUAAAAUUACAUCUAAUUCUGUGAACUAGCGAUACUAAAUAGAAGAAAAUGCUUCUUUAUAUACCAGCAUCAUUGACUUGUCUUGUUCAUGAUUUUACACUUUAUAACGGUCAAAUUUACACAAAUACGUGGCUCAAAUAACCAGGUCUCUACGAUUUCAUACUAAAGGGCUCCACUCGUGAGGCGUUGCCAAAAAUGGAAGUUAAACUGUUUAUGUGACAACCUAGUAACGAAAACAAAUUCCAGAGGUCGUUCACCCUGUCUUGUCUCAUGGGUCUGGUCUGAUGGAAUCUGUGACCGUACCCUAUCACCGUACGGGGUCAAUGACCGGUAGUGCGUCGUUUCUAGGUCAAGAACACACUAGUUGAGGUCGUUGACCUGCCCCCUAGUGGGUUGGUAUUAUUAUGACACUUGAUGUUGCGGUGAAAGUGCCGUUGAAGGCCAGCUGUAAUAUUAAACCUGGUGUUAUUCCAGUUUACAUACAUCGCACAACAAACGAUUCCAGAACAUUCUUAGCACUGCUGCGUAUCUGUCGUAUACUGUCUUGUGAUCGGUGUAAAAUGUUGCCCCAUAGCCUAAGAAAAAAACAGAUAACGUAUACAUUGUACGUCCACGGCGGUCUGUUCCUACGGUAGUCUUUUCCAUUGCUAGGGGCGUUCGAAAAAGUGUCGGGUUACAAGACGCUAUUUUGGC